UGAAACGUAACAACGACUGUGACUUGCGAAAUGGGAAAGGAGUCAAAAACAAGGCUCAGCCGUUUAAGCGAAAUGUUUUGUUCUCUGGUUAAAUAGAAUCCACAAGCAGGGCAGCGGUUCCAACGGUGGACUGAAUGAUAGACAGAAAGCCACGAGAGACCUUGUGAAAUGCGGUUCUCGGUAGGAUGAUCAGUAAUCACGAAGAAGAUGAGUUUGUUGCAGUGCGAGUCCAAGAUCCCCGCAUUCAGAACGAGGGUUCCUGGAAUUCAUACGUCGAUUACAAAAUAUUCCUACAUACUAACAGUAGAGCCUUCACGGCUAAGACGUCGUGUGUGCGGCGGCGCUACAGUGAGUUUGAGUGGCUCAGGAAGAAGCUGCAGAAGAAUGCAGGCUUGGUUCCAGUCCCAGAACUUCCUGGAAAAUCCUUCUUCUCCUUCAACAACGAGGACUUUCUGGAAAAGAGACGGAGAGGACUUCAAACCUUCUUGGACAAAGUGGUGCACACCACAGUGUGUCUGUCGGACAGCCAGCUCCACCUCUUCCUGCAGACCCAGCUGCCGGUUGGUCACAUCCUGGACUGCGUUCAGGGCCUCACGCCGUACACUGUGACGGACGCCAUCCUCACCUACGCCUCCUCCAAUCGGGGGCUGGCUCAGGCUCAGCAGGAGGACUCCAUCAGGGAGCCCAGUCUGACAGUUUCCUAUGAGUCCAUCGAAAGUCCGGCUCCUCACCAGCCUUCCCUGCAACCAAACAAAACCGUUAACUCUAAACCCAUCCCAGAUUCAGACCCAUUAGGAGACAUAUUGGAGCUCUGUGAGCAAAGGCCGGUUGCAUCAUCAUCGCAGCGCAGAGAGAACGCCUUGAUGAGGAUCUCCGAGGGGAGCGACCAGAUGGAGGUGGCUGAGCAGCGGGGCUCCACCCAGGCCUCCUUCUACCUGGGGGAGAUCCUGGACGAUUCAGAGAGCCUCAGCCCUGCAGAAGAUAGCUGUGUGAUUCUGACUCCGGUGGAGGUGCACUCAGCCAUGGGGGCGGGCUACGAAGACAGCUGUGAAGGGGACAGUGUCUUUGAGGACAGAGCUGAUCCUUCAGACUCUGAAGAAAGGAAGAAUUCAGAGUCAGAGGAGGUUUUAUCUGCGGAGGACAGUAACAAUGAGGAGGAAGUUGUAGAACGCCAUGUCGCAUCUGAGGAUCUCUCUUUGGUUUGUAACACUCACCUUCCAGAUGUCAAACCAGGUCAUGACACGCAGCCGGAGAGCCUGACAAAUGAGGAAUCAGAGAGUAAAGAGGAGACGAUCGUUCAUUUGGAGAGCCGGGAUCUGAACAGUGAACCAGAAGUGGAUCUCUGUGAUUCACCCCAACAAAUAAACGCAAAUGAGGACGGAGGCGAGAGUGACGAGGACAGCCAGUCUUCCAACGAGAGCAUCAUCAGGUGCAGCGAGGAGGAGAGUCUAGCCGAGGAGGUGGGGGACUCCAUACAGAUGAAGACGUCACCUGACGACAUCAGGAACUGGUCAGGAGUGGAGGGCUCUGCUCCCAACAUCUUUUACAUCAAUGGAUGUAACGAGGAACAAGAGGAUGCCUCGAACUGGGAGGGAGAUGACCAGCAGCACGCCCCCAUUAGUAAAUCUCUGGAGCCUAAACCGGCUACAGCAGACGGAGAUCCGACGGAAAGCUGUGACUUUAGCAUCUUGGAGAGCAGCUGUCAGUCUCUAGAGGACUGUAACGUCCCAAAGCAGGAAGCAUCAGCCUCAGUAGCUUUGGGUGGCUCAGAGGGGACCUAGCAGGUCAGAGAAACCAAACGCUGUUCCGCCUUCACUGAGCCACAACCAUGAUCUACUUUCUUCUGCCAAAGAAAAAUAAACAAGGCACAAACAAAA